AUGAAGCUGGGCAUGCAGCAUCUCAAACUCACUGGCUCUUUGCUGUUGGUUUUUUCGCCCUUGCUGGAAAAACUGCCCUUGGUCGGUGGCCUCAGUGUGACCUUCCCCGACAUCCCAGAGUUUUCCUGGACCUGGACUGGCUCGGCGGGCCUGGGCAUCCGCAGCAUCGCUGCGACGUUGGACCAGGUCAUGGCUUUGGACAUCAACAAAAAAAUUGUCCAGGCCAUUUUUGAACAGUUAGUGGUGCCAAAUCGAGUUUACGUGGACAUUGCCCAGUUGGCGCAGGAACGACAGCUGCCCAAGGAAGAGCGCAUUGAAAACUAUCGCUCACCUGACCCAAUUGGCGUGCUUUACAUUACGAUUUGGGAGGCGCGGGACUUGCCUGCAGCGGAUAUCAGCUUGCGGGGCUCCUCCUCAGAUCCCUAUGUGGUGGUGAAAGUGGGAAACAACAGUUGGCAAACAAUCAAGAGGACCCGAACCUUGAGACCAGUUUGGGGUCCGGCGCAUUCCAUGGAUUUUUUGGUCUUUCACAUGGAGCAACACGUUUGUGUCGACGUCUUCGAUUCCGACAUGCUGAGCUUCGAUGACUUGCUGGGAUAUGUGUGCACGACGAACACACGCAGACCUAGGAUCUCAGAUGUCAUUCCAGAGGUUGGCGAAGAAGACACCCGAGAGUGGGAUUUGCAUAACAAACAUGGCAAGUUGGGAGGCAAGCUGAAGAUGACAUGUCGUUUUCGAGAGCUCCGAGACAUCUCAGAGCGGGCUUUUGUUGAGCCUCAGUGGUUAACCUGCAACAACUGUCAGGAUCCGCUGCAGGAGAGCAAAAGCCUCAGAGCCUGCUCCUUGUGUGGCAGUCGUCCUUCGUCCCAGUUUCUAAGGUGUGGCAGUUGCUUCUCGGCCAAUGAUGCGCGCUUUGAGUGUGCCAAGGACAACUUCCGCUGUUGUUCUCAGUGUUGGCAGGAGCGUCGUCCAGCAGCAGCCAUGCUCCGGGUGUGUCUCAGAGAGGGCCUGGUGCCUGCGGAUGACGUUUUAGAUGGUGCCGGCGUGGCGCUUGGAGUCAAAGUGGAAGGAACUACCCAGUGGUCAGCUCCUGGAGUGCGACCCACCUACGACAACAUGGCAGAAAAGUCGGAGGCACAGAGGUGGAUCCGCAACCUCUGCGAGAGCUUCGACAAAGCAUCUGUGGCGAAGUGUCUGGAGAUCUCCGCCGAGCAGGUGCAGGAGGCAGUGAACAAGGCUAAGGACAGGGACGAGACGAGGGCGUCUGACCUCAUUGGCCAUGAGGCGGUGAUUUGGGAUCAUGCCUUGCACUUCUUGGUUCGUGAUCCCCACGAAGAGCUCCAAGCGACGGUGAUCUACCAGGGAAAGUCCAGAACUGCAGAUCAAGUUCCCUUGUUCCCAAAGAAGGUCAGGGAGUCCUUGCGGGUGAGCAGAGGCGACCGAGGUGCCGCGCGUGCUGAUCGCCGUGGAUUGCCGAUGUCAGAGGAGCCGCUGGAAGUGACUUGGACCAUCAACCUGGAUUCCGCUCGGACGGCCAGCAUUUUUGCAGAUGUUGCCUCCGUUUGUCAGAGCCUCCUCACACAGCUGCUGCCGGCGGAGACCGAGACUUCCCCGGAGCUCCUUGGAGGUCUCCGGGCUUGGCGUGCGCUGGUGCAGGCUCAUGCACCCCCCCAACUUGUGUGCAUCGGCGGCUACAACUCUAUGUGGAACCGGCACGAAUUUGUGCUGCAAGAGGGCGAUGCCAGAGGUUGCGAAGAUUCAUCAGAGGUGGUCUGCUCCCUGAGAGGCGCUGAAGCCAGCGAUCGAUGGCGAUGCAUUCUACCUCCCAUGCAGCAGAAACGAGCUGACGUAGCGGUCGUCGGCUCCUCUCCAAAGAUUUUAUUCGCCCUUGGUGGUCGCAAUGGGGAGCAAAGACAUGCCUCUGUUGAGCGGCUAGACUUAGUACAGUGGCAACUCCACGGGCAAGGCUGGGAAAUGAUGCCACCCAUGCUGCAAGACCGUUCUGGUUUAGCUGCUAGUGUGGUCGCAGAGGGCCUUGUUGUAGCGGGUGGCCGUAGCAGCUUGAAAGGUGUGCUGAGGGAUGCUGAAUACUGCGACCUUCGGCAUGCUGGUUCCUUUGUGCCAAUUUCCCCGAUGCAUUCGCCGCGUGAAUAUGCUGCGGCUGCGGCAGUGGGAGAUGAAUUCUGGGUGCUGGGUGGUGGAGAAAAUUGUCGAAGUAGCUCCGUGGAGAUUUGGGACGCUGGUGCCAGCCAUUGGCGACCAGGUCCAGAGAUGAGGGAAAAGCGCUAUGGCGCUAGUGCAGUUUGGCAUCAUGGCCGGCUUUACGUGGUUGGAGGUAGCCAUCACUUCAGAAAACGGAAGCUCUCAGUGCUGGAGUCCCUGGAUCCCAGAGAAGGUCUCUGGGAAUGCUACGACUUGCAAGCGCUUGAUGGGCCGGGGUACCAGUCCUCUCUUUGGGGUACUGGGGUUGCAGCGCUGGAUCAGUCUCUCUAUAUUUGUGGAGGGGCAUUCCGCGAUUUAGAGGAGUCAUUGACCACUGUCUACAGACUCGAUUUGCGGACGAUGCAGCUGAGCAGGCUGAACCGCGAAGCGCCAGGUGCAGCUUGCCUCCUGCAAGUGCCGCGCUGGUACCCAAGCAGCAGCUAA